CACGUGCAACCUUUAUUCUCCUUGUUCCUGUAACACAUUGAUGUUACUCACUCACUGAUGUGCUUGUUGUGCCAGUCCUCUGAAAAGCUCAGCAAAGAAGACAGGCAGCCCUGCUGAGUGUGGGACCACGGUGCCAAAUCCAAUAUUGAGUCUGACUCUGCCUGUUGGGACUCUGCCGAGAGAGGGACCGGCCAUGAGUCAGCUGUGAUAAUGGAUCGCAGCAGAAACAGAAAUCAGAGAUGUGGUUACCACAGGGACACCCUGGAGCCGGAGCCCGAGUACGCUGUGGUGGAUGACCAAGAGGAAGUGCUGAACGUGUGCAUACUUCCUGCCAGGCAAAUUGUUGAAGAACUCGAGUACGCAGGACCUGCUGUUAAUAGAGAUCUGAAGCCUGGCAGAAGACAAACCAUAUUAGAUAAGAGAUUCACACCUGUGCCUCCAGUACACCAGCACUCACAGAGGAGUUCUCCAUCACUUCCACCUUCCUCCCUGCAGUUAGAAAACCACCGUCCUGGAUGGACUCAACCCUGCAGGAGAGGCAGGCAACAGAAGACGACUAAAAAAGCAAUGUUGAGUUCAGGAGGUCUACAGAGUCCAGCAACUGUUUCAGGCCCCCCCAACAACCACAGUUAUUCUUUGGAUCUGGAAAGUCAUGAAAUAGAAAUAAGGUCACAUCAGAAUCUGGAAAGGGGGCCGUCGGGACGUUAUCACCAUGAGUGGCCUCAAACUAAAGAAGACUUUGACCAACACGACUUUGUUGCAAAGGAAAAACCUCAACAGGCAUGUUGUGAGGACUGGUACGUCGGGGCCUGUAAUCGAGCAGACGCGGAGCAUGCUUUACAUCUGGUGAACAAGGACGGUGCAUUUCUGGUACGAGACUGUUCCAUCAACCUCGACAGCGAACCUUUGGUGUUGUCUGUGUAUCAUGAGAAGAAGGUUUACAAUGUAAAGAUUCGGUUCAUUGAGAGCACCAGCAAGUUCGUUCUGGGAACGGGACAACGAUUAAAUGAUAUGUUCGACUCUGUGGCAGACAUCAUCAAGUUUCACACCAUCUUCCCAAUAGUACUCAUUAGUGGCAGAAACACACCAGGAAGUAAAUACCCAGAGAACUGCGUGCUGACGUAUUCGGUGACGAGGAGGGACAUCGACCAGCUCCUACAGUAAUACGUCAUCAUGGCAGAGAUGAUGUGCUGAAUCUCAUCCAGUCACAUAUACACUGUAGUUUAUUAUGAGCCGGUUAGGACAGUGUAUUCAAAUUUCUCAAGUAUAUGUU